UUUGUUCUGCCUUAUUUUGUAGGAAUUAAACCAUUUCAGUGUGACCGCUGUGGGAAAAAGUUCACCAGGGCUUACUCGCUAAAGAUGCAUCGCCUAAAGCAUGAAGGUAAACGCUGUUUCCGGUGCCAGAUAUGUAGUGCCACUUUCACUUCCUUCGGGGAAUAUAAACACCACAUGAGGGUUUCCCGGCACAUUAUCCGCAAGCCUCGGAUUUACGAGUGCAAAACAUGUGGCGCCAUGUUCACCAACUCUGGAAAUUUAAUCGUGCACCUGAGGAGUCUGAACCAUGAAGCGUCAGAGCUAGCAAACUACUUCCAGAGCAGUGAUUUCCUAGUACCGGACUACUUAAACCAGGAGCAAGAAGAGACCCUUGUUCAAUAUGAUCUUGGAGAACACAGUUUUGAAAGCAACUCCUCUGUUCAAAUGCCUGUAAUUUCACAGGUCUCCUCGACCCAGAAUUGUGAAAGCACUUUCCCCUUGGGGUCUCUUGGUGGGCUGGCAGAAAAAGAGGAAGAAAUGCCAGAGCAGCCAAAGACCAGUGCUUGUGCCGAGGCAACCAGAGAUGACCCCCCCAAAUCAGAGCUGUCUUCUAUAACCAUUGAGUAAUUUCAUGGUUUGGCUUCAUUUUUGGUUUUUGGAAAGUGCCUGUGCUUGGUCUUGUACAUUUAAAUUUAAUUUAAUUUUUUAAACAAAAAAGGGUUUGGGAAAGAAUUUCCCUUUUUACUUUGUAAGCCCCACAACUGAUGUUUUAUUUUUCAUGACUGAGAGAUUGCUUCUGUAAGUGCACAACAACAUGAUGUUGAAACAUAAUUGAAACUAUGAGACUUAAGGAGAACCAGUUGACUUCAAGCCUGUAUCAGUUUCUUCCAUUGUUAAAAGCAGGCUAAUGAGAUCAUUAGGUAAAGAAGAAUUCAGAUGAUUGUUGACCUUCUGAGAUGAAAGGGUACACCGGAAACAAAUUACUGAACAGAAUUUGACAGCCUGAAUAGAUGUUUACUCCUAUACACAGGACAUUGUACAAUAUUUUGUAAAGCCUGUUGGUUUAGGAAAUAUUUACGGUAAGCUUUCUUAAAAAUUAUUAGGGUAAAUACUUCUGAAAUCCAAUGUAUUCUUUUUUUUUUUUUUUUUUUAAGCUUUGUCAUUUCUAUUAUUUUUCAUGGUGAAAUUUGGUGUAGGGAUAGGCAUUCCCUGAACUUCUUUAGUACCACUCCAAAUAAUCUUUCUUCUGUGAAAGAAGGCAGAGAACCAUGAUUGAGAAUAGCCGGGCUGUGCAUGAAAUGACCAGGAGUGGAAAAUGAAGUACAUAAAUCCCAACUUCAUAGGAACUCUUAAUAUUGCUUUUCUGACUAAAAUUGUUGUUUACCUGGUCUUUGAAUGUUAAUGCCUGGCUAAUUAGGUCAUUGCCUAAAUCAUUUUCCCCUCUUGCCCCAUGAACAGUACUCCCUCUUGCAUAUACUGGCAUGAUAUUAUAUAAAGGAAAAAUAUUGGAGAUAUUCUAUAUUUUAUAUAUAGGUUUAUGUAUUGUUGAGGAUGUUUUUAUUGUGCUGAUUUGGACAAAAUAAAAGAAUUCUCUGUUAAGGCUAUGUUCUUAACCCAACUAAGAUUGUUUACAAAGUUCCCUGUGUCGCUGAUACAUUGUUUUUGUUUGAAAAUAUUUUUAGACUUUGACAAGUUUAUUAAAAGGAUUAGUGUAGUUUUUACACAAUGUAAGCAAUAAUGUAACAGAUGAGAAAAGGCUUUAAAUUGAUCAACUAGGACUCAUAAAUCUAGGGGAAAAAACUAAGACUAAAGGAAAACUUAAAAACCUUAAAUUAAUAUCACCUCUUUUGCUGCUAAAAAAAAUGAAACUUCCUGAUUUAUAGUCGAAAUUUAUAUCAUACUCUGGACUGGAGUAUACUUUGCAUCUGGUGCCAUUAAAGCAUCACUGACCUUGAUCCUAAAUAUUCAUGAGUCCAUGAACAAUGAACUUUUGAAUAACCUUUUUUCUAUGUAUAUACCCACAGGUUAAUAAUUAUGAAAACACCUGAUUAAAUUAGAAAAAGAAACUAAAUAGUUUCUUAUUCAAAACACAAGAUCUGAAUUUUGUUUGGGUGCUAGACCUUAAUAAUAAAAUUAAUUUUUUAAGUUAUAGUGAUUUUAUUGUUUCUUUUUUUUUUAAUUGGCUAAUUCUGUGAUUGAUUUUCCUCCCACAAAUGUAAAGGAAGGGAAAGUAAACUCAUUGAAGAUUUUUUUUCAGGUAACAUUCUUUUUCCAAAUUCUGUCAAGUUUUAACUUGUUUCCAACUGCUUAUCUCAGUCUUGAACCUGUUUCCCCGCCCUCUGCUCCCAAACAUAGGUAUAUUACCUACAGGAAGAUCAACAUACACAGGUUAUACUGGGCUUCCAUCAUUUAUGCUUCUUUACUAACAGGAUUGAAUUUACUUUUUGCAACAGACUGUAAUACUAGUAGCAGUACUGCUGUGUCUCAGCUGGAAAAGUUAGGAAUUUUUAUUUUUAACGUCAUACAUACUCUUGAAAAAUGUUAUGCCGGCCAAUGGAUAAACCUCGGAGUUAAUUUUAGAAUCUUUAUAUGGGCAAAACAAAGAAUAGGUAAAAUUAAUGACCAGGAAUCAUUGUUGCCUUCAGUUCUAAGAGUUAUUUUUUAUAACUAAGUAAAGGAAAAAAAAAAAGAAGUAAGGGUUAAAGAAAAUAAACAUGUAAGAAUUGUUCGGGGAUUUGUAUGAUUGAAAGUGUUUUAGCAUAUCCCCUACCUAUCCUGAGAACUCUGUGUUAAGAAAGCCCACAAUUUUGACAGCUCUGAAGUAUUCUGUGUUCUCAGAAUGUAGGAUUACCACCACUGGCUAUUCUUUCCCAAAUGGAAACUAGAUUUUCAUUGGUAAUUACAAAUUGCACAGAUUUCCAAGUUUUAUGAAAAACUUGAAUAUACUAUGAAAAUGUAUACUUGGUUUAUUGUCUGUACCCCAAAUCUUAAUACAGGUAACUAAUUAAUUAGUAUUUAACAUAAAAUGAUAUAAACAAAGGCCUUUUUUCUCUGUCAUUGAGGCUCUCCAUUUUGCUUGAUACACAAUUUAAGGAUUUUUAGCUUAAACUAAGCUGCAAGGGGUAAUUGUAUAUAGUGUUAUUUAGGUUUAUUUAAAAUUCAUCUGAGAGAGGGAUAAUUGAAUGGAUAAUUUUACCAGAAUAUACGGAAAACAUUGCAAAGAGGUGAAAGCCAGUUCCAUUAUCCCAUCCAUUAGAAAUUACCAGUAUAACUAAACAAAAAUUCCAGUUUAGAAUACUUAAGUAUAGCUGUCUUUCAUAAGGCCCAAGAGGGUAACUUUGUGAUAUUUAAAGGGCUUAAAUUUUAGGAUGCAGGAUAAAUUGCCUUUUUAAAACCAAGAAUUUUAUACAAGAAAAGCAUUUAUUUUCCAUUUUUAUGCUACCAAAUAGGUAUGAUACACUUUAGAAAUGAGCAAAGAUGCUUUCUAUGAAACUGGGUGUUCAAUCUCCUGCAGUCAUUCUUUCCAUUUUUAGGGGUGCAUUCUAACAAUGGAAACAUCUAGCAUGAGAAUGCUUGUAAUAAUUCUCGAAAAAGAGAUUAAUAUUGGGUUUUUUAAAGGUUUUUAUAAACAGAAACAGAUGGAGAUUAUCAUCCAUAAAUAUAUUUAAAUGAAUUUUUCUUAAUUUGAAUUUCAAGUAAUCUUAAUUUUUAUUUCACAUAAUUAGUUGCAUAUUUAAUUAUAUUGCCAGUUUUGUUUUUUUUUUUUAAGUUCUUGAUUUCAGUGAGACAAAGUGUACUAAAAUGUUUAAAUAACCUCAUUCAGUUUUAUGUAUUAACAUUUCAGCAUGUAAACCAUUCCGGCUUAAGUAAUUUGGUUCCGUGUUAUGACACAUGCUCUUUGGUUUCAAAAGCAAACAGAAAAACUUGCAUUUUGUUAAAAUAGUUUAUCAAACGGAAUGGACUAGUCAGCAUGUCUAAUGUAGUAUCAUUGUUACAUUCUAACUACUGAGCCAGACUCUCCUAGUGUAUAAAUGAUUCCCUGGGAGCCUUCGGAAGCUGUAUUAACUCUUUCAGUCUUUUGUUUGCUCUCUCAUUAUUUUAUUCUUGUACUCCAUCUAAAUAGAAGCCAGUUAUCUUAUUUAGUGGCUUUUAGUUUGAAGAUUCUCAGAUCAGUUUUAGUCUCUCAACUUUGUAGUCCGUGAAAAAUACAUUAGUGUGUAAGGUAAUGUCAAUUCUGUACUUUACCACAUGGAGGGAAUCAUUGUUAUUACUUGAGGAAUGAACAGUCCUAAAUUGUAAUGCCGUAACAGAAAGGAGUUUGAGAUUUGAUGAAUUGAUGAAGAAGAGAACAAGAAACUUUGAUGUGGCACUUACUCUAUUGUCACUCAUCUGCAAAAUGUGAAGUUAUAACUCUGAAAUAUACAUCCAAAUGAGGGAGAAUAGUUUUCUAGAUAUAAUAUUAACUGGGGGGUGUGGGCGGGUGCUAGUAAAGUUUGUGUUUGGAAGCGACCCAAAGUUGUUAAAAGGUAAUAAGUGUGAUUUUCACUAUAAGUUAUUGACAUAAGAUACUUUAUUUAUAAUAUAUUCAGAUUUUAAAAGUAACAGAGAAGAAUGUAUUAGAAACUAGAUUUUGUUUUCUGAAGCAGUGGAACAAAAUUAAGGAGAGUUCUAUUAUAGUAUAUACACAUCUAUGAGGAAUAUUUAUAGCUAAGCAUACUCCUUUAGCUUUAAGCUAAAAUGGUCAAAAUUUAAAUUUAUUUUUUAUUUUGCUUAUGUCCACUUUUAUCUUUUAGUGUCAUUUUACUUGACAGAAUGUGGUGAUAUAGGGUAUUUUUUAUCUAGGAAGUCCUCAGCAAGAUGAGUUUGCCAAAAGCAAUAAUGGUUCAGAUUAAACAGUAAAGUGGAAUUGAACCAGUUUCCAGGUUCAACUAAGGAACAGACACUCUGUGGAUAUUUCGUUUUUAGAUUAUAAAUAUGUUGAAAUUUAUUAAUGGGAGGAAGUAAGCUUAUAUCAGAUUAUGGGAUGUAGACUCUUAGUAACAUCACAGUUGUACUUUUUUUUUUUCAUACUAAACUAAUACAGUUAGAUAUUUCCACUACAUUGUAGUGAUUCUAUUUUUGUGAUGAGAAAAAACAAUUCUGUGUCUUUACAAGUAGUCUCUGCAGAAAUGUCAGGCAAUGUUAUUGGAGUCUCAGUUUGGCAGUAUCCAAAAUACAGAAUCACCUCAAAGUGCUUGUGCUACUUGAAGAGAGCCUCCUCUGUGCAGGGCCCAGGCAAGCUACAGCUAAUACCAGGGUACCUGUGCACAUAAUAGUUUACAAAGAAUUUAAAAGUGGAGACCAUUGAUUGAAAACAAUUUUUUUUUAAAAAAAAUUGUUUUAACUUUAAAAUCUUUAAUUUCAGUUUGAAGUGCCUGGUUUAUAAAAUCUAAUUCUUUGAUUAUUGCCUUUCUCUUUAAAUUGACUAAGUUUGCUGAUUAAACUUAAAGCCUUGGGCUCAAUUGUGAUGAUUUAUUGAUAAAAUUGCUGCUUGAUGGUUUGAGGGGCUAGUGUCAUGACUUUUAUGAAAUUAUCCUUGUUUUCCCAAAUGCUGGUCUAACUAUAUCCAGAUUUCAUAAUCCAGUUAAGCUAAAAAAAUCAUCCUGUAAUUGAAUGUUCAGGUUACCAAAGUACAUCACCUUCUAAGGAAGGAUAAAUCUUCCCUACUGGAAGAGGAGCUGGCCAUCUCCCCUUAACAUACAUUGAUUCCGUUGGCAUUAGUGGAAGCUGUGUUCAUUUAAAGGUGGUAAAACCUUUUGUGCAGUUCCUAGAAACCUCUGCUUUCUAGAGAGAACCUUUUCUAUGAUUACCUUGUAAGUGUGUUUUUUCUAAGAGCUUUGUUUUCCUUCAGUUAUCAAUUUAAUUUUCAAGUUGAUAGAUGCUAUGUAAAGUCUCUCAUACUGAGAGUAGUCCAUUAAAUUAUUGAAAGUUGCACUGCUUUUCAUCUUUCAGGUGCCUAAAAUGAAUGCCACCAGGUAUUUGGAAGGUGUAAGAUCAUAAUCUUUGUUCAUUUUCUUCCUUAUACAAAGUGAUGGCUUCUAAUGCAUAUAUUUCAAAAUAUUUAAAAAAAAAAAAACAGCCCUCAAUAGAGUAAAAUUUGGUUUUGAUCCAAGUCCCAAUAAUAUGUUUGAUAUUUCUGUUGUUCCUGGUGCCUCCUGUUGCAUCAGAUAGAGAUUGCCUGCCUCUUUGUAUGGCACCCUUGUGGCACCUUAUGUCCGAUUGGAAGAUAGUUUAUGGCUUCUUUGUGCCUCUACUAUCUUUUCAAAAGCCAUUUUAUAAAAAUCCUAGGUAGCCUAUUUUAAUAUUUAAAUAUAUAUAUUUGUGAGAUACUUUUAGAACAGGCUUUUUUUUUUUACUUUGAAAUUCCUGUAUUCUCAUUUUUAAGAGUAAAUUAAAAUUUUCCAAGAUUAGGACUUGUCUUUUU